AUGGAAAAACAUGUGAAAUUGUUGAACUCAAAAAACAGUGUCUGGCAAUUGCAAUCAGAAAUUGAAGAGUUAGGUGAAGUGUUACGGCCAAUGAAAUCUUCGUCAACCAACAUGGCAAGAUUUUUUAGCUCAAACCUUGAUGAUACUACUAAUGUAUCAUUCUCUGAUAUUAAGAACAAGGUGGCUCCGUUUUUGUUUGCAGCAUUUGAGACUGUUCCAUACUUAGCCCAAAUCUCAUACAUAGGUGUAGAAGGUUUAUUUUUCUCCUACUACACUCAUAAUCAUCAACUUCUAGCUAUGUACUCCAACUCAUCAUCAAUUUCAGUUGCCUCCAACAAAAUCUUCAUUCAACCUGUGAAUCCUGAAACUGGAGAGCUUCAUGGUGAACCCACAAUCAUGCUAUCUAACCCCUUUAUCAAUGCAACUUGGAUUGGAGAAGCACUUAAUGUCUCAACUGGGUUUUACUCAUUUGGACCCAACUGGGCCAAUUCUGAAUCUUUGUUCCUCACUUCAGCCAGAAUCAUGAGAAGAGGACUCAUCUCUCUUGGCUUCUCUGCAACGCCAAUAACUCAUUCUGUUACUCGCAUUGACCAACAACAUGGCACAACCUCCUAUUUAGCUACCAAAGAUGGAAAAGUUGUUGUGCCAGGGAUUCAACUUACCCAUUUCCUCAUUUCUAAUGAUACAGUUUCGUUUCAAUCACUGAAUGCAAAUGGUGAUCCCACAGUUAAUAGGGGCACUGUCUCAUGCAAGGAUGAAGCUGCUGCUUCUAGUUUCAACAUUAGAGAUAUUGCAUAUGCAAUUCACUGCUACACCAUCGAUAUAAUGGGAAUAGAAUCGGUGUAUGUGUUGGGUGUCCCAGAAGAAGGAUAUGCGAGCAUUGAUCGGAAUUACAAGGAAAAGGGAUUGAUGGUGUUUGUGGCAACAAUGGUCACUAUAUUUAUUGCUUUCUUCAGUUUUCUAUUCGUAAACUGCAGAGCCUUUAGGCGAGAAAUGCAUUUGUGUGCCUCACUCAUCAAACAGUGUGAAGCCACCCAACAAGCCGAGAAAAAGAAUAUGAACAAGAGCACCGCUUUUGCGAGUGCCAGCCAUGAUGUUCGUGCUUCUCUCGCAGGCAUCACCGGUUUGAUAGAGAUAUCUGCAGAGUUGGUUGCCCCCGGUUCAGAAUUGGAGACCAAUCUCAAACAAAUGAAUGGUUGUACCCAAGACUUACUAGGACUGUUGAAUUCUAUACUAGACACAAGCAAAAUAGAGGCAGGAAAAAUGCAACUUGAAGAAGAGGAGUUUGAUCUGUUUCAUCUCUUGGAAGAUGUAGUUGACUUUUACCAUCCUGUGGCUGCGAAGAAAGGUGUAGAUCUGGUGUUGGACCCUUGUAACGGUUCUGUAGUGGGAUAUUCACGCGUGAAAGGUGAUAGGGGCAAACUGAAACAAGUUCUGUGUAAUUUAUUGAGCAAUGCUGUCAAAUUUACUGAUGAGGGACACAUAGCGGUACGCGCAUGGACUCGGAAGCCAAAACUACUGCAGAACUCAACAGUCACUUUUAACCAAUUUGGUUUCAAGCAAUAUUUAUCAUGCUUAUUUGGUAACAAAACUGAAGCACGUAGUGACGUGGAAUCCACGCGUUCAAUCCAAGAAGAUCCUCAUUCUAUGGAUUUUAUAUUUGAAGUGGAUGACACAGGAAAAGGAAUUCCUAAAGAGAAUUACAAGUCUGUUUUCGAGAAUUACGUCCAAAUAAAAGAUACUGCUCUUGGCCAAGGGGGAACUGGCUUGGGACUUGGGAUUGUGCAGUCGCUGGUGCGUUUGAUGCAUGGAGAUAUUGAGAUUGUGGAGAAGGAUACUGGUGAAAGAGGGACAUGCUUCAAGUUCAAUGUGCUUCUCACUGUAUGUGAGAAUGAGGCAGUGUCAGAUGGUAGCAGAAGGGAGGGUAUUGGUUGUGGAUCAGGAGAUAGAAUAAUACAAGUUCAGGAGCAAACUAUGAACGCUUCAUGUUCUGGUUCUUCUAGAAUUUGUUCCAUGAGUCCUAAGUUACGAAUCUGCAGCUCUAGUCCUAAGCCCGAGGCUUCCCUUGUGGUUCUUUUGAUUGUUGACGAAGAGCGCCAAAGGACUUCACAAAUGUUCAUGGAGAGAUUAGGGAUAAAAGUGAAAGUUGUGAACACAGGGAAAGGUCUGUUUUAUACUCUCAGGAAGAUCAAGCUUAAGGCUAAGCAUUCUAGUGCCCAAAAUUCUCCAGGGUCUUCAGAUUUGAGUUAUUGGUCUACAUCUCAUAGUUCUCUCGACAUAGCCACAAGAGUUUCUUUGAGUUCUAUGGAUGGAACUGAGCACAUGCCUUUAGUUUUCAAGAAAACUGAUGUGGGAGCUUCUCCUGGCUUCAUUCUUGUUGUGAUUGAUGCAAAUGCAGGACCAUUUUCUGAGCUUUACACGAUUGUGUCCAACUUCAAGAAAGACCUUCGCAACCCUUGUAAGGUUGUGUGGCUGGAUAAGCCCUUUAUGCGUAGAAUCAACUUCAAGGCGCUUAAUCAAGAUGACAUCGUGACAUCGAAACCAUUUCAUGGUACUCGUUUGUUCCAAACCAUAAAGCUCCUUCCUGAAUUUGGUGGUUCAUGGCAGAGCAAUUCUAGUAGAGCAAAGAGGGAAAUGAGUAAUGAGAGAGCUACAUUGAAGACUUACAAGGAUCCAGGUUUGUCAAAAUACACGUCUCCUCUGCUGGACACAUCACAAGUGUGUUCUUCAACUGAUGAAAGUACAUUCCAAACUGGUGAACAAAUUUUGAAGGGAAAAAGACCGUCCAAGGCAAAAAUAACUCUUGUUCAUCAAGGAGAAACACAAGAGAUUGGAAACUCAUCAGGGUCUCACAAACCCUUGAGGGGUAAGAAGUUUUUGGUUGCUGAUGACAGUGCAAUUUUGCGCAAUAUAGCUUCUGCUACUCUGAUUUCUCUUGGUGCAACCGUGGAGCAAUGUGAGAAUGGUGAACAAGCUGUGAGGCUAGUUGAUGAGGGUCUACCUCGGGAGUUUCCUAAUCCUCCUUAUGAUUACAUCUUAAUGGAUUGUCAGAUGCCAAUAAUGGACGGGCUUGAGGCAACAAAGUGGAUACGAAAGAUAGAGAAAGGUUAUGGUGUUCGCAUUCCUAUCAUUGCAUUGACUGCUGGAACAGAAAGAAUAACGAUAGAGAGUGGAAUGGACUAUCACAUGGAUAAACCUAUUAACAGAGAGGAUUUACUUAAAGCCAUCACAUAUAUAAAUGGUAAAAUGUGACACAAUGUACGUGUAUAUGGUUCUUUUGAUUAUAUUUAUGGUAUGUAUAUAUAUUGAAGAAUAAGAAACUGAAAUUUAACUGAUGUAAC